AUAUAUAACUUAUAAGCUCCAUCUGCUCCAUAAGGAAUCACAUAUUCUUCUUCACCCAUAAUUAUUCCCUAAACACCACGCUUAAUUAGCUUAAUCACAGCUGUAUAGUUUAGUAGUACAGAGGUUUUUGCGUUGGAUGAAAAUGGAGGACGAUAUUCUAUAUCCGCCGGACUCCGAUCUCGAUCUCAGCUUCACCAGCUGCGCUUCCAUUACCACCACCGAUCGAACUCUCAGCGCUCGGAGCAGUUUAGCGAGGAGUAGUUUGACGUUGAGUUUCAACGAGCGGCUUUCCGGCGUCUCCACCGCCGGAAAUCCGUCCAGUAAUAUUCCUAAUCUCCAUAGCCGGCCUCACAGGAAGCACGGCGCGAACUGGUCGGCGAUUAAGGCCGCGGCCACGCUCUCCUCCGACGGCGCGAUUCAUCUCCGGCAUCUCAAGCUUCAUCGCCUGGUCGGUUCCGGAAAUCUCGGCCGGGUUUUUCUUUGUCGGUUGAGAGAUUAUGAGCAUUCCGAUUUUGCCCUAAAAGUGAUCGAUCGUGAUUCUCUAACCGCUAAGAAGCUCUCGCACGUUCAGACGGAGGCGGAGAUCCUCUCCGUGCUCGAUCACCCGUUUCUCCCUACGCUCUACGCGCAUUUGGAGGUCUCGCACUACACGUGCCUCCUCAUUGACUUCUGCUCCAAUGGCGAUCUCCAUUCCUUGCUCCGCAAGCAACCGGGAAACCGCUUGCCGGUUGAUUCCGUUAGAUUCUACGCCGCCGAGGUGCUCGUAGCGUUGGAAUAUCUACACUCGCUGGGAAUCGUUUACCGAGACCUAAAACCGGAAAACAUUCUUAUCCGAGAAGACGGCCAUAUUAUGCUCUCCGACUUUGAUUUAUGUUUCAGAGCCGACAUUUCUCCUCAGCUGGAAAACCUAACCCGGGUUCCGGUAGGGUCCGGGAGGAGAAACUGCGGUUUUCUCGGCGAACGGAGAAGGAGAGAAGAAACGGUGACGGAAUUCGUAGCGGAGCCAACGACGGCGUUUUCUAGAUCCUGCGUCGGGACUCACGAGUACUUAGCGCCGGAGUUAAUCAGCGGUAACGGUCACGGUAACGGCGUUGACUGGUGGGCGUUUGGGGUUUUAAUCUACGAACUCCUCUUCGGAACGACGCCGUUUAAGGGGAGCAGCAAAGAAUCAACCCUGCGCAAUAUAGCAUCCACCAGGGGAGUGAGAUUCUACGUGGACGACGGCGAAAGAGAAACGCCGGCAAUGGCGGCGGCGAAGGAUUUGAUCGAGAGAUUACUGGUGAAAGAUCCGCGGAAACGGCUGGGAUGCGCUAAAGGCGCGACGGACAUUAAACGCCACCCGUUCUUUAACGGCAUUAAGUGGCCGCUGAUCCGAACUUACCGGCCGCCGGAGCCACGAGGACUGGUGUUAAAGAGGAGCAAGAGUAAAGCGCACGUCGCCGGAGUUUCGUCCCCGAGACGGCGGCGCUGGUGGUGGAAAAGACUCGGCCACCUCGUGAGAAUUAAGGGGUCAAAACACAAUAAUUUAAAUUUUAAUCACAAUUAUUACUGUUACGCCACUAAGAUUAGUAAAAUUGCAUGAAAGCCCACCAUCUCUUUGUAUUUGUCCUUCUUCACUCUUUAUUUUCUUUGUUAUCAGAGCUUGUAAAGUAGGAGACAUAUACAAAUUUUGGCGAGCUGUAAUUUGUUGAGAGUUCAUACAUGCGCUGUACAUUAAAAGAAAAUAAUGAAAAUAAUAAAAAAGUUGAUAUGUGCAUUUAAA